UUGAAUCUAUUUUUACCAAAACAAUAAUUUAUUUUGUACUGUGUUUGUUUAAAGUAACAAUUAUUAAGUUUUUAUACGUCUUUUUAGUUUUUCUAAUACAAGAAGAACAUCACACGCCAAAAAUGGAUUCAUUUCAAGCUAAGAAACAAAAAACUGAAGAUUUGGAAGUUACUGGUGUUUCCAGGAGCGGCAGGGUUCGCAAGAAGUCGUCGAAGCUGAUGGAUUUCGAGUCCCCCGAUGAAAUAGAAAGACAAUACAACAAACGUUCAGUGGCAACUCCAAAGAAAGCUGAGCCCGUUGAACUUCCCAAGAAACAAUCAAAAUUUGAUGACAUGUACGACGACAAUUACGACAGCGAUUCGGACUAUAGUGAGUACGAACAACCGGCGAACACGACAGACACAAGCAUAGAUGAUUCGGUAGGAUCGGACAGCGAGUUUGACGACAACGAUGGCGGAGGUUUCAAGAGAUUGGACACAGAUUCGUCCAAAAAAAAGCUUGUGAUCAAAGACGGACGAAUCGUUAAACAAGACAAACUCAAAACUACCCCCAAACUGGUCACAAAGAAGAAUUCUUCAUCAAAAAUCUCACCGGGUUCUUUGGGCACGUAUCAAGUGGGCGGUACUUACGACAACGUUAAUGUGUCGCCUUCUAGUCCAAAGGCUAAAGAUGGGAAUUUUAAAGGCAAUGGGAUUAAACCUAUUGACGUAGCAGCUCAUUUAAAAUUACUGGGAGAAAGUUUAACGAUUAUUGGAGAACGAUUAAAAGAACACGAAGGCCAAAUAGCCGUGUCGGGUAGUUUAUCAGUAUUACUGGACUCCUUACUGUGUGCUCUAGGACCUCUACUGUGCUUGACACAGCAAAUUCCAGAACUUCAGGAGAAUUGUUGCAGUCCUGAACAACUCAUGAACACACUGGAUAAUGUGGCAUUCAUAAUGCCUGGGCUAUAAAUAUUUAUUAGUUAAGCAAAAAGAAAGUAGUUUAAAAUCUUUAUUAUCUAUAAUUUUAUAACAGUGUUAACAAUGUAAUAUAAGUUUUCAUAAGUUCUGUAUUAAUUUAAACUUUUAUCUAUUAAAAUUCUAUGUUCAUAAA